AUGAAUAACCAGGCUGUUCAAAAUCCCAGUUCGAAUGAUCAAGGAGCUAAAGAGACUUCAUGUAUGCAAGAUCAAUGGAAGGUUGUCCAGAAAACACGCAGACAGAGGAAACCGAAGGAGAAACAAGGAGAAGCAUCUAAUCACGCUAAUUCUGGGUCAAGAUUUAAUAUCUUGAUUAAUGAGGAAGAUAAUCAAGAGGAGAAAAAGGAUAAUGGUGAGACGCACCAGAUGAGUACGGAAGAUGGUAUGACAGCAACAAAGCUGACGAGUACGAGGCAGCAACGUCCACUAAAAACGAGAGCAGGAAAAGAGAAAAAAGGGACCACUGUUACAAAAUAUGACAAAAAAAAGGAGAGCGAAGGAGUAGCGAGGCCACUACUAACGGACGUGCGUCAGAGUAGCAGAGCAAAAAGAGUGGAAAAAAGAACAAGAGAUGCUGAUGAGGCUCUUCCGAGGCAGAACGAUGAAGUGUUGAUGAUUACCAUGGGUGAGAAUAAUACGGACGGACAAAAUGAAGAUAUGGAAUUUGAGAGAAACGAUGUUGAUCCGGCUGGUGAAAUGGAGACAAGGAGUGGGGAAAAGACAAAAAAUUCCCACUCCAACAUUCCAAUUGACCCGGGUGAAAUGGAAAUAGCAGAAGAAGGGGAUAUAAGAAUUGGGCCGGUGGAUAACAGCCCAUAUGCAAUUUCGUCCCAAUCUAGUGAGCAAAGUGGUGAUAUCAUUGUGCCUGAGACCCAAAUGGUCUUUGGGCCAUGA